UAUUUUUCCACGGGGAAUACAAUUAUUGCAAUUUCCCUCCAAAUUGAAGGGCUUUGGGGAUAGUUUUAGUGGUCCCGCGAGAGAGGGUUUCUGCACAAAGAAUCGCGCGCUCUCUGUCUGUUUUCACUGCUUUCGACCUCGACCUCUCCUCAACAGUGACCGCAAUGGCAUCGUCGUCUUCAUCGGCUAAUAAUAGCAGUCACAGCUACGACAUUCCUUGGGUGGAGAAGUACCGGCCCAACAAAGUCGCUGACAUCGUCGGCAACGAGGACGCUGUCUCCCGCCUCCAAGUCAUUGCUCGUGACGGCAACAUGCCUAACCUCAUCCUGGCCGGGCCUCCUGGAACUGGUAAAACUACAAGUAUACUGGCUCUUGCACACCAGCUUUUAGGACCGAAUUGUAAGGAGGCUGUUUUGGAGUUGAAUGCUUCAGAUGACAGGGGUAUCGAUGUUGUGAGGAACAAAAUCAAGAUGUUUGCUCAAAAGAAAGUGACACUGCCACCCGGACGACACAAAAUUGUAAUUCUGGAUGAAGCUGAUAGAAUGAAGGUCCCAUAUGUUCCUGAAGGCCUUGAGGCCAUCAUAUUCACUGCUGAUGGAGAUAUGAGGCAGGCAUUGAAUAACUUGCAAGCUACAUACAGUGGAUUCCGAUUUGUCAACCAGGAAAAUGUUUUCAAGGUGUGUGACCAGCCUCAUCCAUUGCAUGUGAAGAAUAUGGUUCGCCAUGUGCUUGAGGGAAAAUUUGAUGAUGCUUGUUCUCGUCUGAAGCAGCUCUAUGAUUUGGGCUAUUCUCCCACAGACAUAAUUACAACCCUUUUUCGUAUCAUAAAGAAUUAUGACAUGGCUGAAUAUUUGAAAUUGGAGUUCAUGAAGGAGACUGGAUUUGCCCAUAUGAGAAUCUGUGAUGGGGUAGGUACCUACCUUCAGCUAUGCGGCCUUUUGGCUAAGCUUGCCCUAGUUGGUGAUACAGCCAAAGCAAUAUAGAACAGUUCAAUUUCAUUGUUGUGAUAGUGUGAGUAGCUGAUGCAAGCAUCAAUGUUUUUUGGAUUUUGGAAAUAUGUUGGUUAAGGGGAACCCAAACUCAUUUUGUGAGAGCUUCUGGAAAUAGUGGGUAGUCAAAUGUUUUUACUAAGGUUGCUUUGAUUUGCUUUCGUCGUCUUCCUGAAAUGGGAAGUAAUGGACGCACGAAGCAAAAGGAUCGAAUUAUAAAGAACUGGAAAUUGGCUCACUGUACUCAUUAUUUUGCCAGUAGGAAAGAAAGGAGAAGAGCAAAAACCAUCAUCCAAAACCCACACCAGCGUCUGCAAAAAGCAGAUAACUCGUUGGCUCUGGGGAUUCUCUUUGGAUGUUUCUUAUCAA